UGCCCAGCCCGACCCAUUCCGCACACGUCGGUGCCCACGCGCCGGGGUAGCUGCGCAAGGGCUGCCUCAUUCCCCGAGUGUAGUAACCGCUCCCCUAGUUCCGGGUGGUUUGUGGCCCCGCCAUGGCCGCGACCAGCGGGAACCGAGCUCCGGAUAAGUACUCGGUGCUGCUGCCCACCUACAACGAGCGCGAGAACCUGCCGCUCAUCGUCUGGCUGCUGGUGCGGAGCUUCCAAGAGAGUGGAAGCAACUUUGAAAUUAUAGUCAUAGAUGAUGGAAGCCCAGAUGGGACACGGGAAGUUGCUGAACAGUUGGAAAAGAUAUAUGGUUCAGAUAAAAUUCUUCUAAGGCCCAGAGCAAAAAAGCUGGGAUUGGGCACUGCUUAUAUUCAUGGAAUGCAGCAUGCCACAGGGAAUUUCAUUAUUAUUAUGGAUGCGGACCUCUCGCACCAUCCAAAAUUUAUUCCAGCGUUCAUCAAAAAGCAAAAAGAAGGUAACUUUGACAUUGUGUCUGGAACUCGGUAUAAAGGAAAUGGAGGUGUGUACGGCUGGGAUUUGAAAAGAAAAAUAAUCAGCUUGUUGAAGAUCCAUAGACCCAAGUGGAUGUUGCAUAUCAAAUGUGCAUUGAAUACAAGUACUGUGUCUGUUAUGUCAGUAAAGUUGAGCAAAAGGCCACUUCAUGAUCCCCCUCUUGCCAACGGUGAGGAAUUGAUGUUGGAGCAUCAAGUUCCAAUAUCAUUUGUGGACCGUGUCUAUGGAGAAUCUAAACUGGGAGGCAAUGAAAUAGUGUCUUUCUUAAAAGGACUGUUAACUUUGUUUGCAACUACAUGAUAAGAGCUUACUCUAAGUUAAUUCUUAUUUAAAAUGCAGCAUUCUCAUGAGUUAAAUGUAAUUUUUAAAAUACAUACAGUUGUACAAGCUUGCUGCUUUGCCUAGUUACCAGGAGACCCAUCACCUAUUUGUGAUUAAGUGAACCAACAAUAAGAAAGCAAAUAAACUGUAUCACAGAAUAUUAUUUUCAAAUUAAAUGAACUAGUGUAUUUAUGAACAAUGUAUAAUAACAAAAACCCACACAGUACUGUUUUUUUGUACGAAUAAUGAGGGGUUAAUAAAUUAGACCACACUUCAGUUCUGGGCUAUAGAUUUUUGUUGAAAAGUGUCGUGAGACCUUAUGUGUGUGAAAAUUAUAAAGUGUUGAAAUUAGCAAGAUACUACUGUAUACAGAAAGAUGUAGUUUUUUCUAAAUUAUAUUCUAACAAAAUAUUUUGUCUUUAUUCCAGACUAAUACUGAAAAUUUCAGUCAGACAUACUGUGUUAAGAAUAAUGCACAAAUAAAUCCAAAUAAUCUUUUGCG